AUGUCUGAGAUACAGGUUUGGUGUACUUGUCAAAUAUGUAUAUUAUAUGAAAAUAGUAGAUCUUUAGUAUUAAAACCAAUUAUAAAUACAUCUUCAUAUAUUUUUGAUCAAAAAUUGUUAACAUUUAAUUUAGAUAGGAGAAAGGCUCAAACUAUUAAGAAUAGCUCAGAAAGAAACAAUGAAUUUGUUAAUUGUUUAGAAAAAGAUAAUGAGCUUAAGAACAAUUUAGAAAGUGAUAAUGAAUUUACAGACUGGUCAAGUGAUAAUGAAUUUGAAAAUUGCUUAAAAAGUGAUAGUGAAUUUGUGAAUAGAUUAAA